AUGACUUCGAGGAAUGACGCUGUCAAAAGAGCAACAAGGAUAGAGAAGAAAAGGUUACAAGAGGAAGUGAACCUGCGUGGCAAGCAGGGGCAGGACACAUCCAAGGGCGAACAAGUAUGGUACUCUCGCCGUGUUGACGACGGGUGUCUUCUACACUGGGCCAUCAUCACGCACGGCCUGAAGUACGAGCUCCGCCUAUCAAAUGGCAAUGUACCAAAGGACAAGUUGCCGGAGAGCGAAAAGACUAGUUCGUUUGGGCCUCCAAGAGUGUAUGAGGCACGAGUGGUCUCAUGGUCUCUGAAGGAGGAGAUGAACAAGCCCAGGGCACUGAAGCUUUCAACACCGGCUAAGGGCUAUCACACUCGCGACUACACCGUUUGUCAGAUCGGCUGGACGACCUUGACGAAAGACGAAGUAAACACCGAGUGGGCUGCCGCGCGCUCAUCCAUCGCAGCCGAGGAUCUCGGAUACGAUGACUGCCGGGAACUACUCAAGAAGUUCGGCAGCAUCAUCAAGAAGCCCGAGGGAUGUGCGCUUGACUACGACUGCUUCGCAGAAAGUCUCGAGACACCGACUCACAGACUCAGCGAAAUCACACCGGACAAGGCCGUCAAGGGGUUCCAGAACUCGAUGCAGAACGGACUAUGGGGUGUUGCUGCCGCGGGAGCCGGAGCUGGAAUCGUGUACGGCGCGCCCAGAUUGCUGUUGCGCUACUUGCUGGUGUUGUACUGGUAUGGCUGGUGA